AUGCAUCGAAGGCUGGAGCAGCUGGCCCACUUAGUGUCCCUGUACCACGUCCAUGUCAUCGACCUCGAGCGGGACCUUGCCGCAGAGCUGGAGCAGGUGCGCGGAAAACUCUGGGCGGACAAGGCCCGGGUCAAGUGGCUGCAGGACGAGGAGCGUCUGGAGAAGACGAAGGCCAACAUGAUGUCCCUGGUGGGGCACCUGAAGACGGACUGCGCGGACCCCAAGAUCUACAGCCAGAGGGAGGUGGACGAGAUGCACGAGCAGUGGGAGCGGGACGAGGUGGCUCCGCUGCUCAAGGACAUCAAGGAGCUCCAAGAGGAGCUGAACGAGAGGCGGUUGGUCCAGAAGCUCAGGACCCAGCGCACCAUGCUCACAGCCCCGAGCAAGGAGCCCGAGGCUGGGUACCUCGACCGGGCGAGCGUGCAGGUCCUGGAGAAGUGCCUCGCCGGCCUGGCGGAGCGCCUGACGAGCAAGUUGCUCAGGGACAAGCUGACCGACGUGGCCAGCGCCUGCUCAGACGGUGGAUCUAGCGACAAGCUGCUGGAGCUGCUGGAAUCCAUCAAGCGACCCCUGGCCCGCAGAGCAGGAGCGAUGAUCUACAUCUUCCAGCUGCCGGGCAUGCUGGUCAGCGCCCUCUGCAGCGCCGUCUCGGCCAUCUGCGGUGGGGCCUGCAGGUGCUCGGGCGAGCUGUGCCGCUCGUUCCCCGAGGCGUUCGCCUGUCUGGCCGACGCCCUGAGAGGCUCGUGCGAGCUGGUCUGUGGCCUAGUCCAGUCAUUCAACUGCUUCACGGGGACUCUGGGCUGUGGCGUCCUCUUGUCCUGCUUUGUCAACGGGGUCGUCAUCUGGAACGCCUCGCUCUCCAUGAGCUCCGCGACGGUUAAGGAAUGCCCCGAGCCUGACACCAACUCCAUCGCCUGGCUCGUCAAGGCAGAUCUUGUGCUGGCCGUUUGCCACGUGGUCUUCUUCCUCUACUUGAAGUUCAAAGUGGCGACGAAGCAAGUCGAGUUGUUGCAAGAGGACCGUGAACAUGGCAGGGUUGAGAGGAAGCCCAACGUUCUGUUGAGGGACAGCAUUAAAAACCUCAUCCAGUACGAUAUUGCCGUCUGCUUGUACUUCUUCCUGUGGGUGUACUCCUUCUACCUGAACACCAACGGCGCCGGCCUCGUCGCGAAGUGCGCAAACCACGCCAAGAGCUACGAGGGCUGGCCUGGCCAGAUGGUCGGCUGGCUGAUCGCGUACGCCCCCUUGACGGUCUUCUACGGGUGUGGCUUGUACGCGCAACUGACGGUCAACGCGGCCACGGAGAAGGUGGGCUGGGGUGCCCGAGGGCGCAACGCGCAGGCCCGAGAGGGCGUGGCGCCGUACCUGCCGCUGGCCGCGGGCGAGCCUCCCCAGGGUGCCCCCGCGCCGCAGGUCUGA